AAAUAAAUUCAAUUGUCAGUUCUCUUCAUUAUCUUCCCCGAGGUUGUCUUAUUUGAGCGGGCGGCUUCCAAUACUGAGUACAAGUCUGUUUUUUUGUGCUCAAUAUUCACACAGGCACAUGUGUGGGCAGCUGAGAAAGAGCGGGUCCUGGCCCACGUUGUGUCCGUCGGAAGUGGAGUGUGUUGACCGUCCUCUGUAGCGGUGCUGUGUAAUCCACAUAUUUACACUUGUUGAACAGCAUGGCACACAUCUAGCACAGUUUGUGUGCUCACGCUGGGGACACCACCGACUCGCAGUGAUGUCUGUAAACCGGUGUUUGAAUCUCUUUUCUCGGCUUGGACGCCACAUUAAUCCCCGAGCUGUCCGCAUCACCGCUGGUAGCAGUCAUGUGUCUUCAGAGUCUGCUUUGUUACAUAGUGAACAUCGGGCUUGUUCAGUGCUUUGCUGCAGGAGUGUGUCUAACAGUUCAUCUUCAAAGCCCCCGGACACUUCUUUGUUUGUCCCCGUCUCUCUGAAGCCUGACCCCUCGGGAGAUGGAGGUGUGGGAGCAGAGCUGACCCAACCUCUGGAGAAAAGUGAGCUGCUGAAGGUUCUGAACAGGUUUUAUAGGAGGAAGGAGAUGCAGAAGCUGGCAGCAGACAGUGGCCUGGAUGCACGUCUGUUUCACCAGGCCUUCAUUAGCUUCAGGAAGUACAUCCUGGAAUUGACAAAUAUCCCCGCUGACCUGCACAUCAUCCUCAGUGACAUCUGCUAUGGAGCAGGUCAUAUAGACGACAUCUAUCCAUACUUUAUGCGUCAUGCUAAGCAAAUCUUCCCUAUGCUGGACUGUAUGGACGACCUGAGAAAGAUCUCAGACCUCAGAGUCCCGGCUAACUGGUACCCAGAGGCACGUGCCAUCCAGAGGAAGAUCAUUUUCCAUGCUGGUCCCACCAACAGUGGCAAAACCUACCAUGCCAUCCAGCGCUACCUGGCUGCGAAGACUGGAGUGUACUGUGGCCCCCUGAAGCUGCUGGCGCACGAGAUCUUUGAGAAGAGCAACAAUGCUGAUGUGCCGUGUGACUUAGUCACUGGAGAGGAAAGGACCUUCGUUGACUUGGAGGGUCGAGCGUCUGGUCAUGUGGCCUGUACCAUUGAGAUGUGCAAUGUGACAACACCUUAUGAAGUGGCUGUAGUCGAUGAAAUUCAAAUGAUCAGAGAUCCUUCCAGAGGCUGGGCCUGGACCAGAGCACUACUGGGUUUGUGUGCAGAGGAGAUUCAUGUGUGUGGUGAACCUGCAGCUAUAGACUUUAUCAGAGAGCUGAUGUACACGACGGGAGAGGAGGUGGAGGUGAACACAUACAAGCGUCUAACUCCAUUCACAAUCCUCGACCAAGCUGUGGAUUCAUUAGACAACUUGAGUCCUGGAGACUGUAUUGUCUGCUUCAGUAAAAAUGACAUUUACUCCAUCAGCAGGCAGAUUGAGGCCAGAGGGCAGGAAUGUGCAGUCAUUUAUGGGAGUUUACCUCCAGGCACUAAGCUCUCACAGGCCAAGAAGUUCAAUGACCCCGAUGACCCCUGCAAGAUCCUGGUUGCUACAGAUGCCAUUGGAAUGGGCCUGAACCUGAGUAUUAAACGUAUCAUCUUCAACAGUCUGGUGAAGCCAAAUAUAAACGAGAAAGGGGAGAAACAGAUGGAGACCAUCAGCACAUCACAAGCUCUGCAGAUAGCAGGCAGAGCAGGGAGGUUCUCCUCCAAGUUCAAAGAGGGUGAAGCCACCACCAUGCACAGAGACGAUCUGCCUGUUCUGAAGGAAAUACUCAGCCACUCUGUAGACGCCAUAGAGACUGCAGGGCUGCAUCCUACAGCGGAGCAGAUAGAGAUGUUCGCCUAUCAUCUACCUGAUGCUACACUGUCCAACCUUGUGGACAUCUUUGUCAGCCUCUCUCAGGUGGACGGGAUGUAUUUUGUCUGCAACAUUGACGACUUCAAGUUCCUAGCCGACAUGAUUCAGCACAUCCCGCUCAACCUGAGGUCACGCUACGUCUUCUGUACUGCUCCCAUCAACAAGAAACAACCUUUUGUGUGCACCUCCUUUCUAAAGUUUGCCCGUCAGUUCAGUCGAGACGAACCCCUGACGUUUGACUGGGUCUGCCGUCAUGUCAGCUGGCCUCUGGCUGCCCCCAAAAACAUCAAAGACCUGGUUCACCUGGAGGCCGUUCAUGAUGUGUUAGAUCUGUACCUCUGGUUAAGCUACCGUUUCAUGGACAUGUUCCCAGACACGAGCUUUGUGCGAGAAAUCCAGCAGGAACUUGAUGACAUCAUCCAACAGGGCGUCCGAAACAUCACCCGUCUCAUCAAGGCCACAGACCCGACCAUCGCCCCCCCGCUGCAGACCCAGAGCAGCAGGCGCAGACAGACUGGCACUUACAAUGGAGCCACAAGCAGUGGCUAUUUGUUUGGCCGUAAAAGUCUGAGGGGGCAAAGAGGCUCAGGAGAGAUGAUUGACAGCUCUCUCGCUAGUCGGCUGGUCAGAGACGGGCUGCUAACUCCUGAACUGCUCCAGCAGCUUCAGAAGGAGUGGUCGAAAGACAAGAAGCAGGAGAUGAGCAAUCAGAGUGCACUCCAUCCAGAUGAUAACAAUAAUGACACCAAAGGGAAAAAAAAAAAGAAAAAGAAAUGAAAGGGGAAAACGAUGACGUGUCGGUCAAUGUACAUGAGCAAAGAUGUUUCCAUGGAGAUCAUGAAUUGAACUGAUUGAACCCACGUGUUAUCUACACCUUGCAUAAUAUCUGCUGGUUUCUUUUAAAUUAUCCUGGAUUUGAAUCUUUGAAACUAUUCACAAUUCAAGCACUAAAAGUAUUCCAAAUUACUAGACUUUGAGACAUCAUCAGUGUGUGUGUUUAAAUUCAGUUAACUUAAAAACUGAGAUUAACGGAAAAAAGUGUGAUCACAGGGCUGUCAUAUCUUCUUUAACUGUGCUAAAGACUCACAAGAUAUGUUUCCUUCAACCUACAUAUAUUCUAACUGUAACCAGUGCUGGGAGAAUAGUGAUGCUCUUUGACAUUUCCCUGUUAAAAUAAGAUGAUAGAGUGAAUCACUUCGGACACUGAUGGUUCCCUGAUGAUACACAGUUUAUUUCACUCAAUUACAAACUGACCUGCUAAUAAUGAAACAACUUUGACUACCCUAAUGUUUGAUUGGAGACACACACUGUUGUAAAAUGCUGUUUCAGAUGUUUUUUGACCAGGAAUCAUUUUAACUGUAUGCAUGUUCUGCAGGAUUUAUAUCAGUUCACUGUCGUUUUGCUCAGUAGACUGAAAAGUAAAACCUCUGAACAGCACGAGCUGGAUAAAGUGAUGAAGUGAUAAAGUUUAACAGAGCUGAAAUAUUGUGCGUCUCUUUAAGCAGUUUGAACAGACCGAAUUGAGCUCAGCACUGUAAAGUGUUUAUACAGAUAGGAUGCCAUAUUUUUUCUUGUUUGUAUAUUGUUUAUUAAAACGCUAUUGUGUUUUACAUUU